AGUUCAAGAGAUUGAAUUCGUGUAGUGGUCUGAUCAUUGGAUUGAAAGUGAAAAAGGGUAUCGGGAAAAUUCUUAUUUAAGGUAAUUAUUCAAGUGAUUUGGGAAGAAACUCAAAGGAAAAGUUAUUUUAAGGCUGUGAUUUUGAAGAUGGAAAUUUUAAGCGAUUGAAGAACCAAUCAAGGAAUUUUCAAUUGGCAAAUAGGAUAUUUUGGCUCUGAAUUGAGAAAGGAUUGUUUAGAUUUGGUGAAAGAAGGAUUUUACAAUUAAAGGUUAUUGGUGGAUUAAUCUGCAACAUUAGCUAUCUAGAAAGUUGGGAAGAGUCUCUUCGAGGACUUAACCCAACGAGUUCUGACGGAUCCAUCAACUGAGAAUAGGGGUUGUGGUUGUCUAGCUGGUCUGGAGUGCAUAUUAAGCAUCAUCAGGGCCCUCCAAAUGGGGUCCUGUUUCUCUGCUGAAAGCAGGAGCCCUAUCCCGGGGUCGCCUCUAUCCCAUUCCCCUCAUCAGGCUCUCGACUACUGGAAGAAGGGGUAUUUGAGGAAGAAAUCAGGGUCUUUCGACUACAGCAAGGGAGAAACAUUGCAUAGGAUUCCGGGGAGGUUAUUCUUGAAUGGCUGUAGUGGUGUUGCUUCACUCUAUACUCAACAAGGCAAGAAAGGAACCAACCAGGAUGCCAUGAUUGUUUGGGAGAAUUUUUGUUCCAGAGCAGAUACAGUUUUGUGUGGUGUUUUUGACGGCCACGGUCCCUUUGGUCACAUGGUAGCAAAGAAAGUGAGGGACCAUCUUCCCUUAAAACUGAGUGCUCACUGGGAAGUCAAUAUAUCCAGUGAGGAUGUUCUCAGAAAGACCAGUUUGAACACUGCAGGAAGCGUGAACUCCGAAGAAACUGCUCUUACAUCUGCUGAUGAUGACUUUAGGACCUCUGUAAAUCUUGAUGAAAUGGAAAAGCACCCAGAGAUCGAGAUUUUUAAGACUCUUAAAGCGUCUUUUCUGAAGGCUUUUAAGGCUAUGGACAGGGAACUUAGAUUGCAUACAAAUAUCAAUUGCUUCUGUAGUGGAACAACAGCUGUAACGUUGGUCAAACAGGGUCCAUACCUAGUCAUUGGCAAUGUUGGGGACUCAAGAGCUGUGUUGGCCUCUAGGGACAAAGACAAUUCACUUACUGCAGUUCAGUUGACUGUUGAUCUCAAACCAAAUCUUCCAGCGGAAGAGGAGAGAAUUCGAAGAUGUAAGGGUCGUGUCUUUGCUCUUCGUGAUGAACCUACAGUUGCCAGAGUUUGGCUGCCUAACAAUGAUGCACCUGGCCUGGCCAUGGCACGGGCUUUUGGGGACUUUUGCCUCAAGGAUUUUGGCCUGAUCUCUGUGCCUGAAGUAUAUUAUCGGCGCCUAUCAGAGGAGGAUGAAUUUAUUGUGUUGGCCACAGAUGGGAUAUGGGAUGUUCUUUCAAACAACGAAGUGAUAGAUAUUGUAGCAUCUGCCCCUACACGUUCCUAUGCCGCUCGAGCCUUGGUUCAUUCAGCAGUUCGAGCUUGGAGAUACAAAUACCCGACUUCAAAAGUUGAUGAUUGUGCUGUCGUCUGUCUCUUCCUUGAUUCCAACUCAAGCAACUUAACUUAUGCUUCCAAUGCCAAGGAAAAAGUGCAGCCAGCUUCAAUGGACCAUGUCAACAAUGAUAGCGAGAAAGACAAUAGUGUCAGUGUCUUAACCAGUCUCGACCGAUACAGAACUGUGCGAACUGAUGAAGUAGUCCCCGGAGGGAAUGAAGAUUCAUCAAAGUCAAAGCAGCUGGAAAGGAAUUUAGAAUUAGGAAUAGAUUGGUCUUCUCUUGAUGGAGUAUCUCGUGUCGACACACUUUUGAAUCUCCCAAGGUUUGUUCCAGGGAAGGAGGAUGAGAAGGCUCGGAAAUGAGGUGGUGUGGUUAGUACCUUUUUUUGAAAUUAAAUUGAAUUUUGGUUUGCUUCUAUUAUAUUGGUUUCUUUUUCCACAGAACAUUGAUUGAUGUUGAAAAAAUUGGACCCGAGAGGCAAGCCCGGCUGUAUUAGAUUCCGGGAAUCUGUCCUUUCUCUCGCUAAGUCACUAGUACUGUAGAAAGAAUU